AUGGGACUAGCUAACAUUUCGGAUGAAAUGUUCUGCAAGCAGAAGGACCUCAUCCGCUUCGACACGUUUAAAAAUGAAGUGGACAUCUUCCAGCAGCAUCUGGUCCCAUUCAUCUUUGAUAUCCGCUCCGAGCGUGAGCGACAAGUCAACUCGAGCGUUUAUCGUCACUUCAACCGGAUGAGAGCAAUCCAGGACAUGGACAUCCCCAUUUAUAGCCUUGGAGAGUACCUGUUCGAAGAUACUGACCGCAUCAUCAAUGCUCGCGCAAAAAGCACAUUAUAUCGACGAGUUCGACGUCGCAGCGCAGCCCAUUUCAUCGACACAGAGCUUAUUCCUCGCCCAGGGGGGCAACGCAACUCUAUUGUCAGCAGUUUUACAUAUCCGAAGGCGACUACAUAG